AUGGUCGAAGACAAGUAUAUCGGACUGGCGUUAGCCGUCGCCUCUACGCUUGCGAUAGGCACGAGUUUCGUAAUCACAAAAAAAGGCUUGAUGCAAGCGAGUCAACAACAUGGCUUUGAAGGAGAAGGCUUCGCAUAUCUGAAGAGUCCGGUGUGGUGGUCUGGAAUCAUCACAAUGGUUAUUGGCGAAGUUGCCAACUUUGCAGCAUACGCAUUCGCACCGCCGAUUCUAGUAACGCCGCUAGGAGCCCUCAGUGUACUCAUUGGAGCGGUACUAGGAUCAUAUUUCCUCGGCGAGAACUUGGGCACGCUGGGCAAACUUGGAUGCGCAAUCUGUCUGAUCGGAUCCGUCGUCAUUGUGCUACACGCCCCACCGGAUAAAGAGGUGCAGACGAUUGAUGAGAUUCUCAAUUACGCUGUUCAACCUGGCUUCCUUUUCUACGUGAUUCUGGUCAUCGUCUUCUCGACUGUCAUGAUCUACCGCAUAUGCCCGCGCUACGGACGCAAGAACCCGCUGAUUUACAUUUCCAUCUGCAGCACAGUCGGUUCCGUCUCCAUCAUGGCCGUCAAGGGUGUCGGUAUCGCCGUCAAGUUGACAUUUGCUGGUUACAACCAAUUCACCCAUCCCAGCACAUACGUCUUCAUCCUUGUCACGGUUGUCUGCAUUCUGACGCAGAUGAACUACUUCAACAAAGCUUUGAGCCAGUUCAACACUAACAUUGUCAACCCGCUAUACUACGUCACUUUCACCACCUGCACCCUUGUCGCAUCCUUCAUCCUCUUCCAAGGCUUCAACACCAGCGAUGCCGUCAACACAAUCUCGCUCCUUUGUGGUUUCCUCACAAUCUUCACUGGUGUCUAUCUCCUCAAUCUGUCGCGCGAAGACCCCGAAGGCCACGGCCAUAUGCAACUGAACGGAAACGGCAGCCGCUACGACCUUGAUGGCAUUCCCACAGAUCCUAUGUCUGGUCCUCUGACCCGUCGCUCUAUGCAAGCCCGCCGUAGCUCCGAUGCACACCGCCGCUCGAACAGCCUCAACUUGUCGUUUGCUGGCAGAAGAUCUGGUGAUCGUGACCGAGAAGCCUUGAUGCACAACUACGAUAUUGAGGCCACCAAUGGCGGUUUCAGCCUCGGCGACUUGGCCGAAAGUGACGAAGAGGAUGCACCGCGGCAGAAUGGAAAAGCAAAGGUCUCACAUGAGCGUCUCAGCUUCAAUAAGACGGGCAGGCACUGA